CAGUUCCGUUUCCGGUGUAAACAAACAAGCCAACAUGGCGACUUGCACAGCACGUUAGUCAACUUUUACGUCCGAAGGCGAUUCUAGGAGUUGGCGGACACUGAAUAAAUGCCAAAUUACAUGAUGACUGAACCGAAAGCUGAGCGGAGUUUAGUGCGCUACUACUGCACCGCUGGAAACGGCAUGGAGCCUUUCUUAGUGGAGGAGGUGAAGACGAAGCUUGCGGCAGAACAUGUGUAUCAGAUGCCUGGGAAAGUGCUGUUCGGCACCUCUGCAGCGAUAGACACCCUCACAGAGCUCAAGGCUGCAGAGAGGCUCUUCCUCCUGUUGAGACAUGAAUCACCUGUAAAUCUGACCGCCCACAAAAGCCCAGCAAAGGUUGCCAACGCGUUGCAGUCCAGACUGAUCGGUGAAAGGAGUGAGUGGACCAGCGCUGUGAUGACAUGGAGCCGCCUGCAGGGGGAGCUGGCACACAGAAGAAUUGCUGUCCACGCACCAAGCAUCACUAGGCCACCAACAAGCACGAGGAACAAGAAGAAGGAGGAGGAGAGAGUUAGUGAAAAAGAGACGGAAGAGGAGGAGAGGCAGGAUGGGGAGUCUGGAAAAAGUUCAAGACAGCAGACAAAGGAAGAGAGUGGAGUUGACAGACAGGAGGAGAAAAGUAGGGAUGAGAAGCAGAGUGACAGUGGACAGAAUGAAACAGAGACAUCAGAAAAGAAGAGAAAGAGAGAGGUGGAAGAGAGUGAGGGAGAAGGAGAGCGAGAGAGGGAGGACGAGAAGAGCCAGCAAACCUGUGGCGCUGGAGAAAGCGGAAGCUGGAUUUCGAAGAGAAAAAGGGGUGAUGAAGAAGAGGAGAGGAGCGUUUUAGGUUGGGCAUGUAGAAGUGAGAGACAAGAUGGAGAGAAUGAUAAGACAUCAGAACAGGAGACAAAGAGGGAAGAGGAGGACGGAGGGGCGGUGGUGGAGUUGAGUGACUGUCAGCCAAACGGAAAACCUGCAUUAAAAGCAGCACCUGAUUUCUUCAGCUGUGACCACACAACCGGGAAGAACCGCGAUGUUAAAAGGGAAGCUGGCGCAGGAAGAAAUAGGACAGUACGGGAGCCCAGCAAGGACAAACCAGAGCUUUCUCCUCCUGCCUCUGUGUCUUUUAGGAUCAGCUGCAAGUGUACUGGAGCUCUGUCCAGGCUCCUCAGCACACAGGAGCUGAGCCGUGUGAUUGGGGUAGGCCUGAGCAGGCUGCUGGGCUGGAAGGCUGACCUGAGGAAUCCGCAGCUGGAGGUGAAUGUCUAUUUGAGUGAUGAGCACUGCCUUGUGGGGAUACCGCUGACCAGGGUUCCUCUGGCUAACCGCAGCUACCUUCAGACUACAGGACUGAGGUCGACUAUAGCCUGGGCUCUGGGCUCACUGGCUCACAUACAGCCAGGUUCCCGUGUCGUCGACCCAAUGUGUGGGGUGGGAACCAUCUUAAUAGAGGCAGCACAGGAACACAAGCAUACCAGCUUCCUGGGCGUGGACAUUGAUGAUGGGCAGCUGCAGAGGGCCAGUGAAAAUGUAGUGUUUGCAGACCUGAGCAACAGGAUACACCUCCUAAAGGCUUCCUCUAUGGAGCUGCCUCUGCCCAGUGCCAGUGUGGACGCCGUGGUUUCUGACGUGCCGUUUGGCAGGAAGUUUGGCACCAAGACACACAUGGCUGCCAACCUGCCACUCAUCCUCACUGAGAUGGAGAGAAUCCUCCGUGUUGGUGGUGUCCUGGUUCUCCUCCUAAGCCCCCAGUUAUCUUGUUUGCUGAAGAAGCUCCAGGCACACCCUGGUACUGGAUCAACAUCUAGCCAGGAAACAGAGGCUCAGACUGGACCACUAGACCUCCAGUCUGCCCUUCUCUCCUCUGUGCAGCAGGAGCCCCACCAGAAACAUGUGGGGAACAAACCAUCAUCAUCCCAGGAAAGAGAGCCUCAGACUGGGCCACAACACAGGCCACCUCCCCCUCUGUCCUCCCUGAGGCACCAGGCCACACACAGAGUCAGCCUAGGGGCCAUAGAUGGACUUAUCCAUAAAUACAUCAAGACAGAAACUUGAUCAGUGUUGAGAGCUAUUACAUUUCAAAGUAAUUAGUUACUUUACUUCAACAACUCCCUUGAAAAGUUAUUAGUUAUGUGUCAAAGAUACUCAGCUGAAAGUAACUCAGUAGAGUACCACUGCAAUGGAAUUUGAUUACGAAUGCAUUGCAAAGUAAUGCACCACCCCCAAUGCUGAAUUCAAUACAUCACCAUCUAUUGUUUUAUUUGUACAUGAAGUGAAUAUUAAAAAGGCAUAUUUUUGAAAAAAUAAUGAA